GAAUUUUUGUUUUGAUUUUGAUUUUUGACUCCCUUUUUUUAUUCGUGGGGCCCGGGUAGGUGUGGAAGCGGCCGGUUUUUCUCGUGAAAUAUUUUCGUCAUCAUGAAAUUGUUCCUACUGGCCAUUGCAAUCCACGUUAUCUUUCUACUGUCCAUAUUCUACAUUCACUUCCAAUCGCCAAUAAUUCAAGAAUUGCCUGUUGGACGGGAGAGUGAUCGACCACCAGCUGAUCGGUUGGUUCUUUUCGUCGGAGAUGGAUUAAGAGCAGAAUCUUUUUUGAAGCACAAUUUAAGCCGCACGAAGUAUCUGCGUAAAAUUCUGUCGACGAACGGCGUGUUUGGAAUAUCGAACACCCGGGUUCCCACUGAAUCGAGGCCUGGGCAUGCUGCCUUGUUGGGAGGCGUGCAUGAAGAUCCAAGCGCUGUGUUCAAGGGAUGGAAGGAAAAUCCGGUCGAAUUCGAUUCGGUGCUGAAUCGUUCCAGUGCAAGUUGGUGCUGGGGUAGUCCGGAUAUUGUGAACAUGUUUUCUCAAGGAGCAACCGAUGGUCGAGUCCAUACGGAUGCGUACGCAGCUCACGAUGAACUGUUCGCACAGUCCGCCAACACUUCCUUGCUGGACAUUUGGGUCUUCGACCGAGUACGACGGUUUUUAUCCGAUUCUGCCACAGGCCAGGACGCACUCUCACGGAAGAAAGUUAUUUUUUUUCUCCACCUUCUCGGUCUAGACACGGCCGGUCAUGUGUAUAAGCCAAACUCGUUACUUUUUACGGAAAAUUUGAUCACCGUCGACAAAGGUAUUGAAUCGACAGUGGCGCUAGUAGAACGUAGCACUGGAUACGAUGGAAGAACGGCUUAUAUUUUCACGUCCGAUCAUGGUAUGACCGAUAAGGGAUCGCACGGAUCAGGGGAUACGUUUGAAACGGAAACACCAUUUGUAGCGUGGGGUGCAGGUAUAGGAAGUUGGAAUAGAACGACACUGAAAACAACCGAUAUGAGUAACCUCUUCCAGCUGGAUGGACACAGCAUUCCCGUUGCUCAGUUCAGUCAGGCAGAUAUAGCACCGUUCAUUUCUGCCGUUCUUGGAAUAGCCGUACCAAAGAAUAAUUUAGGAAUAUUGCCACGGCAGCUACUGAACGUUUCCGAGGAGUACGCAACAUGGGCAAUGUGGAACAAUGCUGAACAAUUGCUACAACAAUAUUAUCAUUGGCAAAAAGAAGCUGAACAAAAAACCUUUCAAUCGCUUGCCUCAACGAAGCAGAACAACUUUAAAAUAAUGAUCGAAAAUUUUGUUGGACAAAUUGAGAGCUUAACGGAGGAGGGAAAAUAUAUACAGGCCCAAAAAAUGUGUGACAUGCUUAUGAGCCUCACCCUGGAGGCGAUUCGAUACUUUCAAAGAUACUAUCAAUCGGAGUUGCUAUUUGCCUUAACGAUGAUGAUGCUGGGAUGGAUUCUGAUGCUAACCAGACAGACGUUUACUGUUACGAAUAAGAACAAGCUCGAAUGUUCCUCUAACAAAACCAGCCGAACGGUAGGCUAUGUGUUAAGUGGAUUAGUUGGUUUUCUUGUUUUAAUUCUUAACAUCGCACAAAAAACUCCUUCGUUGGCAAUUUUCUAUUUUCUAGUUCCUGUUGCCGUGUGGGGCUACGUUGUGAUAAAAUGGCGAGAGUACAAGGUUCUGUUUACUUUGCAAUAUAUAUUAUAUGCCGUUGGAUUCAUAAUCUUUGCAGAGGCUCUAGUAUUUUCAUUCAUGGAACCGCGUCUAUUGGGCGUCCUUCUGUUUAUACAUUGUUGCGUUGUAACAGUUGGAAUGAAAAGCAUUGAAAAUGGUGAAACCAACCUGCUGCGAUCGGUCAGGAUUCGAUGGAUUUGUGGUUCGCUUCUGCUAAUUGCAUUCCCUCUUAUCCCAAAAGUUGGGCGUAUCGAUUCUAACGUUUAUUUGUUAAUCACAUCUAUCAUUGUUUGGACUGUUGCCAAUAUGGUUAUCAUUAGAACCUUAACUCUUCCCAAAUUUUUGGCACGCGCUAGCAUUAUGGUGCACCUAUUAAACUCGGUUAAUAUGUUGUAUAUUGUCUACGCUAUUGAAUCAAACCUUUCCAUCCCACUGCGGAAUCGAGCAUUGUGUUGGAUAUUUUCUGUUCUAGGGAUACUGCUGCCACUAUUCACGCGUAGUACCAUUGCUGAUCGUAUGUUAGGUCUAAUUAGCGGUCUUAGUAUCCCAUACACGAUGCUCUCUUUGUCCUAUGAACCUCUGUUUCUCCUUUCCUUCUGCCUAACACUUUAUGGCUGGCUAGAAGCAGAGUGUCUCAUCACUCAUGGAACUUUAAUGCACCAUAGUACGCGGUUUAGUUCAUCCCAAAAACAAGCGCUAUCGAUCGGUGUGCAACAAACUCGUCAAACAUGGGCUUUUAUACUGUUGCUGUUAACAUCGUUUUUUGGUACGGGCAAUCUGGCAACGGUCAGUUCGUUCGAUCCGAACUGGGUACGAUGUUUCGUAGCAACUUUUUCUCCUUUCACUAUGAUGGGCCUGAUUAUACUUAAGUUGUUGAUUCCGGUUGUGCUGGUCGUUUGCACGUUGAGAGCUAUCGUGAUCGUAACUUCCGUUCCGAAGAAUAAGCUGUUCACACUCACGCUUAUCUUGUGUGACGUGAUGUGUUUGAACUUUUUCUUUCUCGUCCGCAACGAAGGCUCGUGGUUGGAUAUCGGUACCUCGAUUUCUCAUUUCGUCAUCAUGCAAUGCACGACCAUCGUGAUAAUGAUGCUCUACGAAUUUUCCCGUCUUAUAACAGAAUGGUCCUUCGUGGAUGCAAACACCCAGACAGAAGGUUUACCCGUUUCUAAUAAAAUAACGCGGCGAAGGAGUAUAUGAUUUUUCGCUAAACAAGUUAGGGAAGACAUCGCAGCAAAGGAUCAAAUAAAACGAAUCACUCUACCGACUCGAAUGAAUAUUUGAGAAACCGGUACAGAUACAGCUCUUGCUUAUCGC